GCGACCGGCGAGGAGCACUGAGGAGGAUCAGCGGGACCGUAGACUACCGGUAGAAGAUCCCGGUGCAAGUGACCUGGAGACAGCUUCAGCGGGACGUUACUUCGUCUUUAUUCUAUUCUAUUCUAUUCUAUUCUUUUUCUCUUCUCUUGUACUCCAGACUGCAGAGGAGACGCGCAGAGUCGAGUUAGGAGAGGGUGAGCGCCAUAAGGAGAGACUUAGAGAGAGAGAGAGAGACGGAGGGAGAACUAGAGGCUGUGAAGUGAAUAUCCAAAAAGCCGUUUAUUACAAAGGUUUAACGGUCUCCAGCAUAGCAGGAAAAGGCGCAACUGUGGAUUUUUUAGGAGUGUUUCAAAAACUCUGCGUCCAUUACGCACUGGAUUAAUUACACUUUUACGCCCUUUUUGCCUGGGAUAUUAUUUUUUUUUCUUGUAGUGGAAUUCUUCAAAUUUCACCUGCACGAGGACAGCGACCGGCUGGGAGAAAAGGAAGGAAGGAGAGAGGAGGCACUGCCGAGGAGAAGAAGAGGAGAAAAAAAAAAGAGAAGACAAGAAACGGUUGAAGGAGAGGAAGAAGAAGAAGAAGAGGAGGAGGAGGAGUGGGGGGGAUCAUUUCAGUUUCUCUCGGAUGGGAUUCUUCCCUCUCACCCCGUGGAUGGAGGGAUGAAACCGGGAGAAAAAGCCGGGGAGAGAGAGAAGAGAGCGACAGGAGGGAGAAGAAGAAGAGGAGGAUGUAGUCGUCGGGUUGCUGUGAGAAUGCAAAACGGACGCACCCCUCUGGAAGACCGGAUUGAACUAUAAAAACCCAUACGGAAUUUACAGCCACCCGAAGGAUAUUACGCACAUUUACCUCGACAUAAACAUAUAUAUAUAUGGGGCGCACUCUUCUUGUAUCUGGAACCUAUUUGUGUUGGAGUUUACAACUAGAAUCACCACCACUGUCGUUCAAAAUGAUGGGAUUUGGAAACCUAAUUGCGCCCUGACACCCGCCGAAUAGAAGGAACCAUAAUCAAGAGCUCCACAGCUGGCAGACAGUCGCUCGGGAAGGUGGGACCCGACAGUACUACAAUGAGUGAGUGAAGACAGAAAGACGAUUUUGGACCUUUACCCCCCUCCAUGAUGUUGUAGCCAUGGUAACAUGUGAAUCCUGAGGCAGAGUGUUAUCCGCUUUUACAUCUCUGAAGGUGUCGUGUCUAGGUGGGGUGGUAACCAUGGAGAGGCUGUUGCUGUGUGUAAUGCUGGCAGUUGCCAUGGCAGUGCGGGCACAGAUCUGCCCGAAGCGCUGCGUGUGUCAGAUCCUGUCACCCAACCUGGCGACCCUCUGCGCCAAAAAAGGUCUACUGUUUGUACCGCCAAACAUUGAUAGGCACACGGUGGAGCUACGGCUGGCUGACAACUUUGUCACGAGUGUGAAGAGGAAAGAUUUUGCAAACAUGACACGGCUGGUAGACCUAACAUUAUCCAGAAACACCAUCUCCUUCAUCACACCUCAUGCCUUUAACGAUCUGGAAAACCUCAGAGCUCUACACCUCAACAGUAACCGGCUGACGAGGAUAGGCAAUGAUACAUUCAGCGGGAUGACGAAGCUUCACCACUUGAUUCUGAACAACAACCAGCUGAUGCUGAUCCACCAGGGAGCAUUCAACGACCUGCUGGCACUGGAAGAAUUGGACCUCAGUUACAAUAACCUGGACUCUAUUCCUUGGGAGUCCAUCCAGAAAAUGAUUAGCCUCCAUACGUUGAGUUUAGACCACAACAUGUUUGACUUCAUUCCAGAGGGAACAUUUUCCCUGCUACAGAAACUCAACCGUCUGGACGUCACCUCUAAUAAACUCCAAAAGCUGCCACCGGACCCACUUUUUCAACGAGCACAGGAUUAUGGAAAAAAACGCUGGCCCGAAACUUGGGUCCUGGCCACAUCAGGGAUCAUGACCUCCACUUCUUUUGCGCUGUCAUUCGGUGGGAACCCUCUCCACUGUAACUGUGAGUUACUGUGGCUGCGGAGGCUGAACAGAGAGGACGACCUGGAGACGUGCGCUUCACCCCAACACCUCUCUGGCCGAUACUUCUGGUCCGUCCCUGAGGAGGAGUUUCUCUGCGAACCUCCACUCAUCACCAGAUAUUCCCAUGAGAUGAGGGUGCUUGAAGGGCAGAGAGUUACACUUAGGUGUAAGGCAAGAGGUGACCCAGAGCCAGCAAUCCACUGGAUCUCUCCUGAGGGCAAGCUGGUAUCUAACUCCACCAGGACAUUGGUCUACACCAACGGGACUCUGGACAUCCUCAUCAGUACGGUGAAAGACACCGGCUCCUUCACCUGCAUCUCCUCCAAUCCUGCCGGCGAAGCCCACCAAACUGUAGACCUGGUUAUUAUAAAACUCCCCCACAUCUCCAACAACACCAACAACAUCCAGGAGCCCGACCCGGGAUCGUCGGACAUAUCCACGUCGACCCGAGGUGGAGCCAAUGGGAGCAACGUGACGGGCGACGUGAAGGGCGGUGUGGAUAAGAGGGUGGUGACGGCCGAGGCCACGUCGUCAACGGCGCUGAUCAAGUUCAACUUCCAGAGGAAUAUUCCGGGCAUCAGGAUGUUCCAGAUACAGUACAAUGGGAGCCAAGACGACUCGCUGGUUUACAGAAUGAUCCCCCCAUCAAGCAAGAACUUCCUGGUCAACAACCUGGCAGCAGGGACCCAGUACGACCUCUGCGUGCUGGCCAUCUACGACGAUGUCAUCACCUCUCUGACAGCAACCCGCGUGGUCGGCUGUGUGCAGUUCUCCACCGAGUCGGAGUACAUGAGGUGUCAUUUUAUGCAGUCUCAGUUCCUCGGCGGGACUAUGAUCAUCAUCAUCGGAGGGAUAAUAGUGGCUUCGGUGCUCGUUUUCAUUAUCAUCCUGAUGAUACGUUACAAGGUGUGUAAUCCUGGUGAGGGGGGUAAAGGUGUUUCAUUGUCGAUGACCAACGUUCACUCGCAGACCAAUGGGCAGCAGUCGCAGGGAUGCACUGUGACUCCCAGCUCCUCUAAACACGGCUCAAUCGGAUUAGACGACCUCUCGGGAGGCACAAAGAAAAGGAGUGGAGCAGCAGGAGGAGGAGGGUGCAGGGAUACGAUAACCCAGUCGUCCGACUCAUCCCUUCCCGACUGCUCCACGACUACGUCAGUUCUCAGCCAGCCUUGGGCGGCCAGAAGUCCGACAGCUGGAGCUGAGGAACGGGAGAAAGCGGAUGAAGAGCGAGCUCAAGCUGGCGUCUCGUCGCCCACCGGCAAUACUGGUUCAUUAACCAAGCCAAAGCGGAAGCCCGCUCCGAGUAAGCCUUGCUCCAACACCUCAGCCGCUCCUGAAAACUUCCUCUCCUCCCCUCGUCCUCCUUCCUCCUCCUUCUCCACCGCGUCCUCUGCUCUCCUCCCCUCCACCCCUCUGGAGAACCUCAACACCAACCGCAACAACUCCACCUCUCUCAACCAAACCCCGCCUCCCUUCCCCCCUUCCAAUUUCUCCAGCCCUCUCGCCACGCCGAGCCCCGUCCACUCCAUCCGAUUUAGAGAGACGCCCAUCCUGCGCAGGGCUCCUCGCGCCGGCACUUCUGUCUCCGGCAAGUACCAGACUCUCCCUGUGGAAGAGGCAGGGAGGAGCAGGGCGAGGAGGAGGUACUCGCUCAGCGAAGGAGGCUCAAAGACUCACUCCUCCCAUCAGGGAGCAGGAGGAGCACCCAAAAUAGGGCGCAUAAUGCGGAACAAAAGGAGCCAAUCAAUGAGCGGGAUGCUACUCCCGAAAGACGGGGAUGGAGACUCGGACAAAGGGCGGUGCGAUUCGGACUGGAUCUUAGAAAGCACGGUUUGAACUGGAGACAGCACCCAUAAACUUUGGUUUAUCCAUUAUUGUUUAUCUUUUGUAUGAGUGUACGUCUGAGGUUUUGUGUGUGUGUGUGUUAGUUUGACUUUGUCUAGAGGUGUAUGACUGAAGGCUAAUGUGUGUUUGUGACAUAUGAAACAGUGUGCGCGUUGUUGCCGUUCACGGUGUGCGUUUUCGGUGUGUACAGUAUGUGUGUGUUAAUGUCGGAACCUUUGUUUAUAUAUGUGUGAGAGGGCGACUGUGUGUUUUAUGGGUGAAAGCGUGACCAUACUUUUUUCUUUUUCAGCCUGUUUUUUUUAUUUUCAGAAUUUCUAUGUAUUCAGUUUACAGUUUUAUUCACUUUGACGGUGAUCUGUUUUUUCAGUUGGUCCUUCAGCAAGUGGAUAACUCGCCUUGUCUCGUAGCGUCCCCGAGUUGUCUCGUUGGUUCCACUUUAUAGCACAAAAUAAAACAAGACAAUGGGCUCGCCACGUCAUUUCCCGAUUCACGCUCACCUUAUCUGAAAAUACCACGAAAAGGGAAUUGUUACAGGAAAAAAAGAGGAUUAAAAAACAAUACAAGAACUGCAAAGCACACCAUUCUCACGUUCACACGUCCACAGGAAGUGUGUCCAUACCACGGCAAGAGAAUAGCAGUCGGUGCCUUCUUUUGCACUAACACACCCUCUGACAGAUGACCUAACCGGAUUUAGGACUCCACCAUGCUCCCUGAACGAGGGAUUAGGACGGAGGGGACAAAAAAGGAAGAGAGAGAUUUCACACAUAGCCUUUCUUACCUACUGAGGAGUACAGACAUUUCUUGACAUAUAGACAGACACAAACUGAGACAAACAGUAACAUACAAAUGAAGACUUUAACGGACCUCUUACGAAAUUGAUAUUUUUUAAAGGGAAGAAUAAAAGAAAAGAAGAACAUAAAAACCUUGUGAGCUUUUCACUGACAUUGGUAUAGUGCAGCCUGUGUUGGUCACAAGCUCCCGGAAAGCUUCUGUACAGAAAAAGACAACAUGUACUGUGUUGUUAUGUUGUGUAAAAUAAAAAGGGAUAAAAUGAAAACUGGAAA